AUGGCCCUCAAGAGCGUGUCCGCGUCGGCCACCCAGCGCGCCGUGCGCCCCUCCAGGUCCGCGGUGGUCGUCCGCGCCUCGGCUGAGUCGCGCCGCGCGGUCCUCUCGGGCUUCGCCAGCGCCGCGGCGAUGCUGGCGGCGUCCGCCGCGCGCGCCGCCACGCCCAUCGACCUCUUUGACGACCGCAAGGUCAAGGACACCGGCUUUGACAUCAUCUACGAGGCCCGUGAGCUGGACCUCCCCCAGAACGUCCGCGACGGCUUCACCCAGGCGCGCACCAACCUGGACGAGACCCGCGGCCGCGUGAGGGAGAGCAAGAAGCGCCUCGACAACGACGUGCAGCCCUUCGUCGACAAGGCCUACUGGUGGGCGGCGGAGCGGCCUCCAGCGCCUCAUAAAUCAACUGGACUGCAAGUGGCCCAAAGGGGUCCGGCGCUGGCGCGCAAAGACGCCCAAUGGGCACUAACGGGAUAG